GUCGGUCAUUACGGUAGACUCCACGUCGAGAAUAUUCGAUACCCCCGCCCCGCCUGUGCCAUCUCGGUCACUGCCUGCCGUCUCACCGCGAACCCGUCAACGUCUAGUUAGUGACCCUCUGUCUGUUCGUUGCAACUGUUGCAACGGCCCCGGCACCUUUGUCACGUCCGCGUGUUGCGCGACAGACUAUUUUUCUGCGUGAUCGAUGUUGUGAAUGUGUCGUGUUAAGUAUCCAUCGGCCGUGGCGUUUCGCGUGUGUUAAGUCGAUCCGUCCAUAUUAGUUACCCGUCGAUCACCUGUGGUACGUUGUCUCGUGGUGUACGCGGGCAGGUAUCUGGUUGUUGGCCGUCGCCAUUGUGUUGCGUGGAGUAUCGGCGACGUCCGAAUUAUUAGUGUGCGCCACCCGUCAGUGGCCAUCGUUGGGAUUCCCAGUCCACCAGCGUCGACUCGCCGUAUGGACCAAUUAAGCAGUCGGAAGGUGAACGAGUGGCAACAUUGCGGGUACCAGGGAGACCGGUGUUCAAAAAGGAGUUACGGGGACCCCAGUAAACCGUUGAUUUUUAAUACGCAUAAGCAUUUUAGACGAUACGGAAGGUCCGCUGCAGGUCAUCCCACAAGGAAAUCGUGUUGGUAUAUACCAAAGCUACGACUGCGCACGGAUCGUGUUUGGCGAAUCGCCCUCGAAAAUACCGCCAUGGCCGUACUACACGAUAAGAGCCUUACGAUGACCUGCGCAGUGCACGACACCUGCACCCGUCAACGCAAAACGUUCAACGAGCAGCACCAAAUACCGCAGAUGACAAGAGCCACAUCGUGUGGAAAAAAAAGUCGUCGACAAGUCUGUAGCCGUUCUCGACGAAUCACAAUUACGUAUUUUUAACUCGAAUUUGAUCAUAAAAUAUGUAUUUUAUAAUAAUAUACAGUAUAAUC